AUGCAUGUAAAAGCUGAUCUUGAAGUGCUUCUUGCGAGGGAGGAAAUGUUCUAUCACCAACGAUCCCGAAUACGUUGGCUUAAUUUUGGGGAUAAGAACACUAACUUUUUUUAUGCAUCUAUGAUUCAACGAAGGCAGAGGAAUCAGAUUCUUCAACUUCAAACAAAGGAUGGGACUUGGCUUUCUUCAGACACUGAGGUUAAUCCUCAUAUGUAUGGUUUUUCCACCAAUCUGUUCACUAGUGUUGGCCAGAGAGAUUUUGGGGAGGCCUUAUCGGUGAUUGAGCCAGUAAUUUCGGAUGUCAUGAAUUGCCAAUUGACUGCCUUAAUCUGUGAUGAAGAAAUUAAAGGGGCUGUUUUUCAGCUUGGAGCCCUCAAAUCACCCGGGCCAGAUGGAUUUCCAGGUUUUUUCUAUCAGACAUAUUGGGAUGCUGUGGGUGAUCAGGUGUGCAAAGCGGUGAAAAGUUUCUUUUUGGGAGGUCAUUUGCUCAAGGAACUUAAUCAGACAAAUUUAGUCCUUCUACCUAAAGUUGCUAACCCGGUAAAAUUGUCUCAAUUUCGCCCAAUCAGUUUGUGUAAUUUUAGCAUAAAGAUCAUUAUAAAAAUCCUGGCUAAUAGACUGAAUUUUUUUUUGAAGGGUCUUAUCUCUCUGAACCAAUCUGCUUUUGUUCCUGGACGCUUGAUUCAGGAUAACAUCAUUGUAGCCGAUGAGGCUUUCCAUUUUUUGAAGCUAAAGAAGAAAGGGUCGUUCGGGCACAUGGCCGUUAAACUUGAUUUCAACAAAGCCUAUGACCGUGUUGAAUGGGAUUUCCUGUCUGCACUCUUGCAAAAGAUGGGAUUUCAUACUGUUUGGAUCCGGUGGGUCAUGGAAUGUGUGACUACGGUCACUUUCUCAAUUUUUGCAAAUGGAGAAAAGCGGGCUUCUAUAAUUCCGACUCGUGGACUUCGUCAAGGUGACCCUUUAUCCCCGUACCUAUUUAUUUUGGUGGCAGAUGUGCUCUCCAAACUUUUAACUCGGAGUCUUCAUAAUAACCUGCUUUCAGGUUUUAAGUUAGCUAGGCACUGCCCUACCUUGUCCCACCUUCUUUUUGUGGAUGAUGUGCUCCUCUUUCUUAAAGCAGAUGUUGAAGAAUGUACUCAUAUGCUAGCUAUUCUCAAGAUCUACUGUGAAGCCUCGGGUCAGUUGGUAAAUUUUGAGAAAUCUAGUGUCCAGUUUUCAGCAAACACUCCUGCCACUGUUAGCUCCUCUAUCUGCAAUGCGGCUGGCCUAAGUGUGUCUCAUCCUAAUUCGAAGUACUUAGGCUUACCAUCUUUUUGGGGGCGAUCUAAAGCGGAAGCCUAUGAGUAUCUUAUUGAGCGGAUCCUAUCCAAAUUGCAAGGUUGGAAACAAAAUUUGUUGUCCCAAGCUAGGAAGGAGAUCUUGAUUAAGGCGGUGGUUCAGGCCAUCCCAUCUUAUGCCAUGGCGGGAGAUCCAGAAGGGAAGGGAAUUAAUUGGUUGAAUUGGGGUCAUAUGACUUUGCCGAAACAUCAAGGAGGUAUGGGUUUUAGAGACUUUAAUUCUUUCAAUUUGGCUCUUUUAGCUCGGCAAGGUUGGCGAUUAUUGAAGUAUCCAAACUCGUUUUGUGCUCGCCUACUGAAAGAAAUUUAUUUCCCCAACACUUCCUUCUUGCACGCUGCCAGAGGAAGGAGAGCGUUGUGGGAUGACAAAUGGAUUCCUUCAAUUCCUGGGUUCAAAGUUCUCUCAUCGAAACCUACGGAGUCUGGGAUUCAACAUGUUCAGGAUAUUAUUGAUGCCCACUCAAGGAGCUGGAGGAUUGAAUCUUUGACAAACCUGGUGUCUGAAGCCGAAGUCGAAGCUAUUAGAUUAAUCCCAAUUGCUAUGGACAACACAGCUGACUCCCUUGUUUGGCAUUUUGAGUCCAAAGGCGAGUAUUCGGUGCGAUCAGGUUAUUCCACAGCUUCGACUAAGGUGAGCAGCGGUUUUUCUUCCCCUCCUUCUUUCUCUUUCCAGCCUCCUAAAAAUUUUUGGAAGUUGCUGUGGGCUUUAAAGGUUCCUCCCAAACUCAAAAAUUUUUGGUGGCGGGUGUACAACAAUGGGCUCACUACUAAAGUAAAUUUGUAUCGGAGGCGGUGUGCUCCUUCGAAUCUUUGCCCGAUUUGCCAAAAGUUUCCAGAAACUAUUGAACAUCUUCUUUUUGGAUGUGACUGGGUCCGAGCAGUUUGGUUUGGUUGUGAUCUCAGGUACUCUAUUGUUGACGGUCCUAGCUGCUCGGUUCUUCAUUGGUCUUGUAAUCUGUUAGAACAACUUCAUUCUGUUCAUGAGUGGGGAAAUCUUCUUAUCUUUGUUGUGUGGAUUGGGUGGUAUAUUUGGAAAGACCAAAACAACUUGGUUUUCAACCAUCAUCCUAUAGAGCCCUCCUCGACGUUUUAUCGAGCUCGAGUGGCGAAUGAGGAGUUCGACUCAGCUACUGCUUCUAGGGCUUUAAUAACGAUAGCUGCAAUAGAAGAAGAGCGACUCAAUAGAGAAAGAUGUUUGAGAAGACGUAGUGGUUCCAUUGAAGGCCAUGCAGAGGAGAUUCUGGAUGAAUCGAUCUCUCUUUCUUCAUAUUCUAUUUACGGUGGAAGCAUACGAUCAUAUUUUGUCCAGAAAACAGAUGCUAUUGGAAUCAUUAGUUUGUCUUCCCUUCAAAAAAUGACAGCUGUUAUGAGGAUGCUCGCUUAUGGAGUAGCAGCAGAUUCGGUGGAUAUAUAG